CUGAAUGCCCGUAUACUCCAGAUCGCGGUACUGAGAUGUCCUGAAUGAGCCAGUGCACGUGACCGUCUGGAAUGGCAUGACACACUUGCAUGCGGAGAGACGGCGAUCUAUCGCGCUAUCUCCUUCGUAACCCUGGUGAGCCUAUGACUAUCAAGACGGCCAGGCGUGGAGCUCCGCAUGCGUCGACUCAUCCUGAGAUUCAUCUUCUCAACAUUUGGCCACACAACGUAUGAGGAACAUCAUCAUCUGUCAAGAAGCACAUCGCUGCUAUGCAGGCUUUCGGUGCGCUGCCAGUCUUCCUUUGCCCUGCCGUUGACGGCACUAUGGCUGCGUCUUCUGCCGCCAUCCCCCAUCGACUGCGAACUUCCUAUAUUGCCUUGAGCAGACGGUCCCUCUCCAGCAGCCGCACCCGUCCAUCUUCGUCACAAUUCCGCCGUUCUGAUUUCGCAAAUCAACCCUUCACCGGAUCAUAUGAGCCUGGACAGCCUACCAGUGGCCCGCUGGGCGGGGCGGCAUCUUACACUACGCCGAGACUUACACCCAAGAUGCUAAAGCAGCACCUGGAUCAAUUUGUCGUUGGCCAAGAAAGGAGUAAGAAAGUGCUUAGUGUGGCGGUCUUCAAUCACUAUCAGAGGAUACAAGAGUUGCAACGCAGGGAGGAGGAGGAGGAAGAGUUAAUGGCACAAAGAGAGCGAAGGGAGCGCCACCCAGUCGAGGAUGAAUUUCCUGGUCAACAAGCUACCAUCCGACUAGGUAGUAGCCGUGUCUCCUCAUUCGACGCACGACCGAGUGGAAUGCCCUUGGUAGAUACAAGCCCUCUUACCCUGGAAAAAUCAAAUAUAUUGUUACUGGGCCCCAGUGGCGUUGGGAAGACACUCAUGGCGAAAACGUUGGCGAGAGUCUUAUCAGUGCCAUUUUCCAUGUCAGAUUGCACUCCUUUUACACAAGCAGGCUAUAUAGGUGAAGACGCCGAAGUCUGUGUCCAUCGUCUAUUGGCUGCUGCCAAUUACGACGUUGAGAAAGCAGAACGGGGAAUAAUAUGUCUGGAUGAAGUCGAUAAGAUUGCCACGGCCAAAGUCAGUCACGGCAAAGACGUCUCCGGAGAGGGCGUACAACAAGCCUUGUUAAAGAUCAUUGAGGGGACAACCAUUCAGAUACAGGCCAAACCUGAACGAAACGCCCCUCGGGCAGGCGGUCAAUCACAGAGUUACCCGACGAAUAGUCCUUUGGGCGCAGGAUUCUCGACUGGAGGAGGUGGUGGUGCAGCUACACCUGCAAAGGGCGAGGUUUACAACGUCAGAACAGAUAAUAUUCUGUUCAUCUUCAGUGGUGCUUUUGUCGGUCUCCAAAAGCAUGUUCUGGACCGGCUAACGAAGGGAAGCAUUGGGUUUGGUGCCAGUGUGCGCUCGAGCUCCAACUUACGGUCCUAUGCUCGAGAUCAAAAGUCUACAGACAACGCUCCCGUGCCUAUUCUGCCGGGUUCGCAGGAAGAAGAGCUAUACCGAAAGCACCUACCAUUCUUCACCCCAGCACCAGCGCCUGAAGACCACACAGUGGAUGGCAUGUCGGCUGAGUUGAACUAUUUCAAUGCUCUGGAUUUGGUCACUCCUGCCGAUCUCCAAUCUUAUGGAUUCAUUCCUGAACUAAUUGGGCGGAUACCUACGACAACUGCGUUGUCCGCUCUAACACAUUCCAUGCUCUUGCGGAUCUUAACAGAGCCACGGAAUAGUCUGGUGGCUCAAUAUGUUACGCUCUUUUCACUGUCCGGCAUUGAGCUUCGACUUACCACCCCUGCAUUGCACGUUGUCGCUUCAAAUGCACUCACUAUGGGUACCGGAGCACGAGCCUUACGAACCGAGAUGGAGACUAUUCUUGGAGACGCUAUGUUCGAAGCACCAGGGAGCAGUGUGAAGUAUGUAUUGGUUACCGAGCGAGUAGCCAAACGAGAGGAAGGUGCAGUCUAUUUUGGCAGAGGGCAGGGCGGAAAGUUUCAUGCCAUGAUUGCUCAGGAAGAAGGUGAUUGGGAAGACCAACAGAAGCGCAACAACCCCAAGAAGAGUGAGAGCAUAACUGCUAGCUUUGAAGAUUGGAGGACAAAGACCACGGUGGCGGCUGGGAGUGGCUGAAUGUUGCUGUUUGUCAGUCAACCGCUUUUGAUGACAGAAUUCGAUCAAUGGUGAUGAUAAUGAUGCAUUCUUACUUGCUGAUUCUCUCUCUUGACCGCUUGCUACGACUCUUGUUCCGAAGCUAAGAAUGACAAUGCAAUCACUGUAUCUUUAUCACCAACACACGAGGGAGGCAGAUAGCUUUUUGAGACAUCGAGCAUCUCAAAUUGGUCUUGUUAGAGCUUUCAUGGGCUCACUCGAAUACAG